AUGAGAUCGGAUGGGAGUGACGUGUUCUGUUUACCUCAGGGUCACCUGUUCGUCAUUUUAUAAUCUAGGUCGUUAGGAAAGCCACAGCUGCCAGUUGAACAGAGACGCGAAUGUCGUCAAAGUCCCAUGUGAAAGAUACUGGUCCUUAGAGUCAUGUCUCUGUCCAAGAUCCUAACGGAAGAUUUCUUAACGUGCAGCAUAUGCCUUGGAAAGUUCAAGGACCCCAAGGUCCUCGGCUGUACACAUACGUUUUGCCAGCAUUGCCUCCAAGACUAUUUGGACAAAAAUGUCCAAGGUCAGUCUGGCUUCCCUUGUCCUAUCUGUAGGCGUCAAUGUGACCUCCCUGGGGGCGGUGUAAAUGGUUUACAAACAAACCAUCUUCUGGUCAGCAUAUCACACACACUUGGUCAAGUAGAACAAGCCAAGGCUGCCAAGAAAUGCGCGAUAUGUUGUUUGAAAAAUGUCCUCAAUCCACCCACGGCAACAAAACGCUGUUUGGACUGCGAGGAAAGUAUGUGUGGAGAUUGUUCUUCAGACCAUGUCCUUCAUAAGUUCUGCCGUGACUACAAAUUGUUUCCUCUCGACCAAUUUGACAGCGACGAAUACGUGAAAGAGAUGCGUGCCCGACAAAAUACCCUUUGUGACCACAACAACAAGGACCCCGUAGAAAUCUACUGUCCACUUUGUAAAAAGUUCGUCUGCGUCGGCUGCAUGGUUUUAGAACACCAGGGUCACGAUUGCCUAAGAAUAAACACUGCUGCUGACAAACGCAAGGAAAAACUAGAAUUUCGCGUAAAAUCUACACAGAAGAAAGGUCUACUCUACGAUCAGUUCAAGACCGCUGCUGAAGACCAGAAAGCGUCAGUAGAAGAAGGAAGAAAAAAGGCAAAGACUCAAGUUAAGAAGCAGUUAGAGCUAGUUAUUACGACGGCCCGUCAACGUGCCAAUGAUAUUCUGGAAGAAAUAGACGCCAAGUCGAAUGCCAAAUUAGAUAUUUUAAAUGAUUUAAUUGCAACUGCAACCGCCAACCAAAACCGACUGGGCGACGUUGUAGCCUUCUCGGGAAAGCUCAUUAACCACGGGAACGCUAUGGAUGUCCUGCAAAUGGUCUCUGCCUGUGAGCAAAGCGUCGAGAGCGUUCAGACUAUUGACAUACCGGCCCUUCCUGCAGCCAUGACCCAGCUACAGCUUAUCACCAACGGCAUGGAGGAGUGCGUUACCAGUAUCAACAGUUGCCUUGGAGACGUGAUUCCUGCUUCCAGUGGAAGAUUGGUGACAUCAUUCAAAGUAGACUUGGCCGACUGUCCUGAGGAGAUGAUCAGUCAUGUGACCACUGAUACAAAUGGUGACAUCCUAAUUGGUAUUUGGUGUAAUGAGGACAGGGCACGGAAUAGAAUCCACAUUUACGAUAACAACUUUGCCCUACAGGGAACAAUUCCUAAUCAAAGAGCAGCAGAAAAGGAGGUGUUUGGUGGGAUUGCCACUGAUGAUGACGGUAACAUUGUCACCGGAUGUCAGGGGUCAAAUGAAAUCAUUGUAUUCACCAAGACAGGGGACCACGUGAGAACUUUCCACUGUGAGUCACCUCAAGCAGUAGCGGUCAACAGCAAGGGUCAAUAUGUUGUAGCCAGUUUUAAUACUCUGACUGUGCACCACAAGGAUGGAAAAGUCCUGCAGACGACACCGGACUCAGAGGGGGAAUAUUUCAAAUAUAUCCACUGUAAUGUGAAUGAUGACAUCAUAGUCUCAGAUCAAGAUGACUACAUCCGUGUCUACGAUUCCACUCUCCAGCUUAAAUACAGAUAUGGUUCCAAGGGUGAUGGAGACGAACAGGUGGACACCCCGUGCGGCACAUGCUGCUUGGAUAGUGGUGACAUCAUUCUAACAGACCUCGCCAACCAUCGCCUACACCUGGUUUCGCCAGAUGGGGAAUUCAAGCGGCUUCUUUUAAGCAAGGAAAAUGGACUUUACAAGCCAACAGAUGUUGUAAUAAACCAUCUAGGACAACUGGUCGUUGCGGAAAGUGGCGGUGAUAUUAAAUUCUUCGAAUUAUGAGUGAUUUGACUAAGUAGUAGCCAAAAAUGGACUCCGAAUACAUGAUGUUUCUAAAUACAAAUAAAUAAAUGAAUGAAUACUAAUGAGAUAAGUAGUAAACGACCCGUGUAGUCGUAUGAAAUACAAACAUGCUUAUGGAAAAAAAGAUAAUAUUGUUACAUUUGAAACUCUCGGCUCAGUUUGUCUGAUGGGAGACUUUAAUUCCAGGACCAGGAAUUUGCAAGACACUACGGACAUCGAGAAUUUGUCCUCUGUACUGAUACCAAAUAAAACUAUUUCAAGUGGAA